AUGGCUCUGACUUCGUCUGAGGAUGCAAAUUUACAGCAUCCUCGCGUGCAUUCUGCUGAUUCGUCGGGGUCAUUGCUUGUCGUUAUGAAGGUGCAACUGAUCGACAUUGCUAUGCUCGUCAAGAAGUGGUCGUGGCUGGUACACCAGGCCCGAAGCCAAUUAGCUGAGCAUGCGAGGGAGAUGGUGUACUGGGGCUAUCUUGACUUUCAGUUGGGACACGCUGUGACGGUGGUGGAGACUUUGGUGAACAUGCUGGACAUCUGGAGACGGCUGCUAUGUCUGCGGUCCUGCGGCCGCCAUGGCAAGAAUCCAUUCCAUCAGUUGUUGGAGCAGGGCGUGAUAAUGGCUGGGCCGACAGUCGCAUUUUGGAUGUUGGAUUGCUUCUGGAUGAUGGAGAACACAGCCAAGAAAGCCUGCCGACGUCACAUCAACAUUGCUGCACAUUCACAGGACAGUGCUUCGGUGCCUCCGUGCUGGGAGGAAGUGCUUCCGAUGCCGGGGCCGCGAAGCGCUGCGGAGGAGACGGAGACGGCCGAGGUUUCCGAAACGGCGCUGGAGGAACGAGGCGAUGACAGCUUCGACAGCCGCGACAGCCGCGCCCGGCUGGGCCAAGACAUGGCAGCUUUUCGAGGCCGCCCUGGCUCGGACCAGCGAUGUACGGAACGGCCGAGCGAAGCUGCAGGGCAGACGGCGCUGCCCCGGACGGAGGCUGCGGGGACCUCCGAGGAGCCUGGCCAAGGUGCCGGGGCGACGUGCACCGAAUCUGCGAAUGGCGUUCCCUUGCCAGCGGAUGCGGGGUCACCGGCAAGGUCAGAGCCCAAGCCGAAGCGCAAGAAGCGGAGGCUCUUCGACAUACCACCGGAGGAGGUGCCGCCAACCGAGCCUGUGGGGCUGCCCUCUGAUUGGCUUCCCGCCGUGGUCACGCCAGGCCCCAGCUGCGAGCUCGAUCCACUACUGGAUGCGGCCUCCUCCCUUCGGAGGAGCUCCGUGGCCGAGGUGAUGGCCUUCUGCCUGGAGCAUGCAGCCCAGGCCUCGAGCCUGGCGCCGCGCCUGGUCUCGAGGUGUUUGCAGGCCCGUGGCCCCCUUGGCCCCGCCGACACGGCGUGCCUUUUCUGCGUGUCCGAUGUCUUGCACAACACGGCCUAUGCCCAUCGGUGCCCUGGGGCCAACGCCUACCGUGCAGCUUUCGAGGAUCUCCUGCCCCGAGUCUUCCACCGCCUCUAUAUGGGCCUCUUUGCGCUGCCCCGUGCAGCGCGGAGUCUUGAGGAAGCUCGAGUUAAGAAGCUGCUCCAGGCUUGGCGUGACGCGGAGUUCUACCCCACCAUCUACCUGGAUGGUCUCGAGGCGGCUGCCUUUGCGGGUGCUCUGGGAACUGACUUGGCGAUGGAGGCGCAGGGCAAGGAGCUGCGAAUGAAACUGGAGGCCUACGCGGCCCUGGAUCCCUUGGCAUUGGAGCGACGUUGUAGAAACAGAGGCCUUUGGACACACAGCGGAACCGACCAACUUCCACCUUCGAAGUCGACAUUGCUGCAAAGACUGCAGUGCUUUGAAGUCUAUUGGUCUGCCAGAGCUUCGGAUCCGAGCAAAGCCCGGACGACCGACGUAUCCGAACGCGAGCCGACGAAGGAGGUGAUGGACGACGACAUUGACGGCACACCUAUCCAGACCCCGCUUUUUGCCGAGCUGCAGCAGCAGCUGGUGCUCAGGAACCAGCCAGCAUCUGCGGGUGGUGCGAUAUCUGCAGCGAUGACUGGCUGGUCCUGGGCGGAAGGGGUCCUGCCCGAGCCAGCUCCCAUCAGCGAGAGCCCAGCACCCUUUCAAGGCUGCGUUGAUGAUGACCUGGAUGGCGAGCCAAUCGGUGUGCUGGAGCUCCAACAGUGGAGAGCCUCAAGAGCUGCCAAGCCCGCCACACCCGCGCCGGCGAUGCCGGAAGCAGUCCCCUGUUCGCUGCCGCCGCCGCCACCGCCGCCCAUUCCCCGACGGGUCCUGGAGGAGGGCGAGGCAUUGAACCUGGGAUUUGAUGACGCAGCCAUCGAGGCCUUGCUGUCUGCGUCGAAGGCCGCGGUGGUGCCAGCCUCACAGCCGCCAGCGCCGCCGCUGCCACGGCGAGCGCGACCGGAAAUGACGGCAGCGCCCAAGGUGCCGGAGGAGUACAAAGGCCGGCGGAUGGAGGCCCGCGACCCCUCGCCGCUAGCAAGGCGGAGGGAGCCUCUGGGUUCCAAGGAGCAGAGAAAGGAGUCCCGCGACCCUGGGUAUCGGGCGAGCCGCGAGGAAGUGCCCGGCCGAAAGGGCCGGCCGCCGACGCCCCCAAGACGGAGGGAUCGGCGCCAGGAGCGGUUAGAUGCUUCAGAUUCAAGGAACCCGUCGCGGCAGCGAGGCAAGGCGCCGCGGCGCAGAAGGCGUGAGGACAAAGGCUCCUCCACCCCAACUGCCCGAGUCCACCCAAGUCUCGCCGGCCUGAAGCCCCUGGACAAUGCCCAGUCCGCCGCCGCCGCUGCCGCAGCAGUGGCUGCAGCCGCCAAUGCUGCGGCUUUUCUCUCGGCAAGGUCUCGAGCUGUGGCGCCGCCACAGUCGGCCACGGAGCCAGGAUGCUUGCGCAAGGACACGGACAGCCCGGAGCCCGAUGCCGAGUUGGAUGGAGAUCCCUUGUCCAGCGGCGACGAGGAUUUCUGA